AUGAGAAUAUCACUCUCCAUCGCCGCUAGCUUCCUGCUGCACUCGGCAGUCCUUGCAGAGACGUACGAGCCUACCUGGGCGUCGACCGACAAGCACAACGCCUCGCCAGAGUGGUUCCGUGACGCCAAGUUUGGCGUGUACUGGCACUGGGGUGCCUUUACGGUGCCGCAGUUCGGCAGCGAGUGGUACGGCCGCAACGUCUACCGGCCCGACACCAGCGAGCGCAAGCACCACACCUCCACGUACGGCGCGCCCGAGGACUGGGGGUACGAGAACUUCAUCACCGGGAGGAAAGACCUCAAGGGCAACUUUGUUCAGUUCAAGCCCGUGCUCGUCUCCGAUGGCGGUCCCUUCGAUCCAGAGUACUGGAUAUCGGUCGUCAAGGCGUCGGGAGCAAAGUUCGCUGGUCCUGUCGGCGAGCACCACGACGGCUUCUCCAUGUGGAAGAGUGAGGUCAACGAGUGGAACUCGGUCGAUAUGGGCCCAAAGAUUGACCUGCUGAAGCUGUUCGCAGGCCUGGUCAAGGGUAACGGAAUGAAGCUGGUUGUGGCUUUGCACCAGGCCUUCAACCACAACGGAUUCUUCGAAUAUGCCCCGCAGCAGACCAACUCCAGCCUGCAGAAGCUCUUUGGCCAGCUGCCCAAGAACGUAUCCGAUCAGCUCUGGUAUGACAAGGCCCGCGAGGUCAUUGAUCAUGUGCAGCCCGACAUGAUCUGGAACGACUUUGCCCUGGACAGCCCCGGCUACUGCCAAAACCCCAAGUUCCCAUGCAACAUCGAGGAGAGUCAACGACUCAAGUUCCUGUCCUACUACUUCAACGCCGGUGAGCGCUGGGGCAAGGAGGUCGUCACCAGCUACAAGCACUUUGACCUGGGUUUCCGCAACACUUCAGCCGUCGCUGACUUUGAGCGUGGAGGCCCUGCCGACCUCGAACGCCCUUACUGGCUCACCGAUGACGCCAUCAGUGCAACGAGCUGGAGCUACACCGAAGGCAUCAGCUAUUACAACUCGACCCAGAUGAUUCACUCCUUGAUCGACCGCGUCAGCAAGAACGGCAACAUGCUGCUCAACGUCUCGCCCACCGCCAACGGCCUCAUGCCCGCGCAGCAGCAGCAGGUCCUACGCGACAUCGGGACCUACCUGGCCCGAUACGGAGAGUCCAUCUACAGCACCCGUGCUUGGGAUAUUUACGGUGAGGGCCCCACAAAGGCCGGUGGUGGCUCGUUCACUGGCCCGAUGAUGGGCAACUCGAACGACCUGCGCUUCACGCGCAACAAGGAUGGCAACGUGCUCUACGUCAGCGUCCUCGGCUGGCCAAGCAGCGGCCAAGUCCCCAUCAAAGCACUCGGCUCCGACCGCCGCGUAGACAUUUCCACCCUGCAAUCCGUCCAGCUCAUGGGAGACAACGCCGGGAACUUUACCAAUGUAACAAGCUUCAAGCAGACCGCCGACGAGCUUCUCGUCACCCUCCCGAAACAGCCCGCCCAAUCGCCCGCUUAUGUCCUCAAGCUUACCUUCAAAGACAAGAUUCCCGUUGUUCAGCAGGCGAACGGCGCCUCUAUUUUCAGCUCUCCCGAUGUCACGGGUGCCGGUGUGUCGCUCGCAAAGGGCGCCUUCACGCAACUGUGGGUUAUCGAUGCCGGACUUGAUCUGACCGACGUUCGUUUCUUGCGCGUCUCUGAUGGCGCAUCGGUGACCAUCUAUGCCGAGGACAACCUGACUGGCGCAUCGACGAAAUAUGGGGCGGGAGUCCACGAUCUGAAGGCUGGCUCUGUUGGGUCCCUCGUGGUUGGUGAUGCAUAG